GUGCUGGUAAAGCCCCUCGUGGAAUGGUGGGCGGAGGUGCCGGGAGGAUUUUGGAGGGGUUAAAGCCGUGAGCUGAGAAAGUUGUGGCUGUGACACUGUCAUCCAUCCCUGGGUGCAGCGUUGGGUGGCUGUCGCUGCUCAGGGAGGUGCUGCUGGGGCUGCUCGUCUUUAAAAAUCAGCAGGUCAGUUUUAUUGGUGGAGAGAGAAGGAUGAUGGCAGGCAAUAACCAGCUUUGCAUUCAACGUUGGACAACCAAGAAUGUGGCUAAGUGGCUGAAGGAAGAAGGCUUCUGUGAAUACGUGGAUAUUUUGUGCAAUAGACACAGACUAGAUGGAAUUACGUUGCUGACACUCACGGAGUAUGAUUUACGAUCUCCUCCAUUGGAAAUCAAAAUCCUGGGGGAUAUCAAAAGGCUAAUGCUAUCCAUACGCAAGCUACAGAAGCAACAUGUUGAUGUCCUAGAAGAGCUGGGAUACAACAGUGAUAGUCACAUCGGCACUGUGUGUGCUACUGUUGGCUCACUGCAGGGUGCAGAUUGGUUUUGCAAUGGUGAAGUACCUCGGGACUAUGAUGGACCAAUUACUGAUUUGAAUGGUGAUCAGUAUCAAUAUGCCAAUGGAAAAAACAAACAUUCAACAAGAAGACUGGACCCAGAGUACUGGAAGACAGUUUUAAGUUGUGUUUAUGUCUUCAUAGUGUUUGGCUUUACAUCAUUUGUUAUGGUUAUAGUACACGAGCGAGUACCUGACAUGCAGACGUAUCCACCUCUACCAGACAUAUUUCUGGAUAGUGUCCCAAGGAUACCAUGGGCAUUUGCUAUGACUGAAGUAUGUGGUGUAAUUCUUUGCUACAUUUGGCUGUUGGUUCUUCUGCUUCACAAACACAGAUCUAUACUUCUGCGGAGGCUGUGCAGCCUUAUGGGGACAGUAUUCUUACUACGUUGCGUCACAAUGUUUGUUACCUCACUCUCUGUGCCAGGCCAGCACUUGCAGUGUACUGGAAAGUUGUAUGGCAAUGUUUGGGCAAAACUCCAGCGGGCAUUUGCAAUAUGGAGUGGCUUUGGAAUGACUCUUACUGGAGUACAUACAUGUGGAGAUUAUAUGUUCAGUGGCCACACUGUUGUCUUGACCAUGCUCAACUUCUUUGUCACAGAAUAUACACCAAGGAGCUGGAACUUCUUGCACACCUUGUCUUGGGUCCUCAACCUCUUUGGAAUCUUCUUCAUUUUGGCUGCACACGAACAUUAUUCUAUAGACGUCUUCAUUGCCUUUUACAUCACUACAAGACUCUUUCUGUAUUACCACACGUUGGCCAAUACUAGAGCAUAUCAACAGAGUAGGAGAGCAAGGAUCUGGUUUCCAAUGUUUUCUUUUUUUGAAUGCAACGUUAAUGGUACUGUUCCCAAUGAGUACUGCUGGCCAUUUUCAAAACCUACAAUAAUGAAAAGACUGAUUGGCUGAAUAGUGUGUGGGUCAGUUCAGAUUUUUAUGAAGUGUUAUGACUAAGACCCUACAAGGCUAGCUGGAGGGGUUAUGAAGUACUGUCUUUUCAUUCCGUGGCCACUGCCUCCUUGUCUUGUUUCUUAGAUUCUUAGCCAUAGAAUGGGGUUGCCACGCUUCACAGGGAUGUGUUCUGUUGUUGCUUUAAGAGAAAACAAUGCAGGGUCUGAUAGAGAGGCAGUUAGCAAGUCGUGAAUAUGAACCAGAAUACUGUUACUCUUAGUAAGGUUCUGUGUGAAUGUUUAAGUAACUUUAACCUCAAAUGUGUGCUUGUGCUGAAUACGAUAUACCCCUUACAGGCUCUGUUAAUCUCCACUCCCUGACGUGACAUCUUUUCUGUAUACUGACUAAAAAUUUAGGACUUUAUGAUGACUUUGUUUUAAAACAGUCAUAAAUCUAAUAAUUAAAACAAACUGUGUGUACUUAAAGGUUGAGGAGUACUGUGUCAUAAUGAGGAAAGCAAUAUAGUUCAUGCUAAAAAGGGUCUCUUAACUGUUGUUAUUUAAUAACGAGUCUUAAGGUGUAACUGACAAUAUAAAUGGUCUGCAUACAGAUUGCCAAAAUUCAAAGUCUGCCUUGUGGCUACGCAGUGAUGCUGUCUGGUUUGGUUUUGUUUUUUUUAAUGAGAGCUUACUUAGUCUAGUCUAUCGGUCAUCUGUAUAGUUAUUCUAGCACUGGGAAGUCUUCCUUUUUGUUUUAAAUAAAUUAGUUAAAGUAAUAGCUACAGCCACUGAAAGCAGAGUUGAUUUAGCUCUAGCAUGUUUAAAGCCACAGCAUAACUUUUCUGUGUGGUUUUCAUUGCUUUUUAUACUCAGACCAGUGCAUGCUUUUUAGGAACAGCUCUUUAACAUUGGAAGAACAGAACAGUUCCACAUAUCUUACUGUCCCAUAAAUGGAUGGGGAAAAUGCAUGUAGUAACUGUUUCAAGAGGAGUAAUAAUAGUGAGUUUUGGAAGUAGUGCUCAUAUUGAUGUGCAUUGUAGCGUUCUGGUGUCAACAAUAUGGUGAAUAUCUCCGGAUAUGCAAACACCAUACUUUAUAUAUAUGUAUAUAGGCAUACAGUGUAUAUGUUCUUCUAACAUACGUGAAAGAGACUAGUUCUUAAUUAAGUUGCUCAUUUGGUACUCUGAAAGAUAGAAUUACCAUAAGCAGUUGAGUUUCAGUUGUUUAGAAAAUAGCAUGCUCCAUAAUGUGAAAGCAAGGAUUACGUGGUGAUCUCUUACGCAGUGGUUUGUAAGUGGGCAACACUAACAUUGUCUGUAGAGGCUUGAAACACAUUUAUUCUCAAUGAAAGCUGAUAGGUAAAAGGUGCAAGCAUAAAAGUGAUGGAGCCGUUUUAAUCUGUUGUUGCAGUUUCAGAAUAGGUGGUAUGUCAUGACCUAAGUCAACCUUGGAAAGUAGCAUGAAUUAGUUCUGGCUUAGUUCAAACUGUCUUAAUGACCAUUAUGUCUGCAUAGAGAAGAAUCCUUUUUGGAAUCUUGCACUCCUCUGCAGUGUAUCUCUUUCAUAAGCCUGGAUUACACCAUCUUGACCAUCACGCACUCUUUGUGAUGUAUUACUUUUGUAAAAUAAUUUAGCUCCUAUUUCACAGAGAAACUAUACAUCUUAAAGUAUCUCUGCCACCUGUGCUGAGUACACAUACAUCAUGCUAUUCUGCAGACUUUAUAUUUGUAACAUUCCAAUUUUUAGUAAAAAUUCAAGAAUACUGUAUUGUUCAGUGUGCCGUAGCCUAGCGGCUCUUGCCAUCCAGAUUGGUGAAAUAUGUUUGCACUUAAGGGGAAGAAAGACUUAGACUAUUCACUUGCUGUCCUUACCUUUCUGAUUUGAGAAUGGCAAUUUGAACAUUCCUUUUGAGACUUUAUAAUCAAAGAGCUCUUUUUGUUAACUUAAAUUUAUCUUUGCAAUACACGUGUGCUUAUGAAUGCUGUUUUUUUUUUAAACUCUAGGAAAGGAUCUGUUCUCAGGAUGUGCAGGGUUGUAUUCUGAAUCCUGAUGUGUGGAGGUGUGUGCUAUUAGAUUUGCAAAGCCAUUGAUUCUGACAAGAAACAUGUCAGUGCUAGCUGGCACAGCUGUGUCUAGGCUGAAAAAAAUAUUCUGCAAUUUAGGCACGCAGGAGAAUUUUCAAGUGCAGCCCCGUGUAACAAUGUUUACAUAAAGUACAGCUAUCAUUUCAAUGCUUUUUAAAAUGAAGUUUGCAUUCUUUGAAACAUAAGGCUUCUCUUUUUGUUCUAAUUUAAUUUUUCAGAUUCUUUUAAGUAAAUCCAUGUUUUAAAUCAACGUUGCCUAUCAGUGUUCUUUAAAGGAAGCUUGUUCUUCUGUUCAAGCUGUUUUGCUUGCUGCUAAAUAUCUGAGAUCAGUAAUAAGUAGAGGUUGAUUUGGUGAGAACUGAAGUGCAUUGAAACACUGCCUGGGUAACUGUGCUCUUCUAUUUUAGAAGUUGAUUUAGUCUAUCUGUAAACACAGAAGAGAAAAGCUUGAAAUUGAUAGACGACACAAAUUCUGAUUUCAUGCAUUAUAAGAUCACAGUCAAUCUAAAGAACUGGUAAUGAAAGCUUUAUUGUUAAUGAGGUGGAAACAAGUUGCAAAUGACUGACAGGCUUAAAAUUCUGUACCUCUUUUUUUGCAGUCAGUGUUUUAGAAGAGUUUUGCUGCUUCUCUGCUGCUGAGAAGCCUUUUUGAGGAAAUGCAGCAGAGCAUCACUGAGACUUGGAUUUAAUGCUAAAUAUGUUGAGGGCUGUCUGUCCUCCCUUGCAUUGGUGCACCAGUCUCUUUGCUCUUUCAGCUGGCUGCAUCCCUUAUGUGCCAAGUCAUCUUCUGUUGUCUGUGGGAAUACUCCCUUGCUUCUUUUUUCUAGCAGCUUUGGAAAUCUAAUAAUACUUGGAACUUGGAAAUAGUCUUAAGAUCUUCCUUGUUACCGCUUUGGUGUUAUAUGUGUGGGUAAUGUCUGAAAAUAAGUAUAUGUGUACACAGACCUGAAGGUGAUAGGCACAGCCAUUCACUCAUCUUCCAUGUACCUUAUGACAUAGCUUCUAAGAAUGCCCUUCCUGGACUUCAGGUGUUCUUGAAUAACAAUAUUAAAAACUUAUGUAUGUGUUAAUUGUUUUAUGUCCUUUGGCAAACAAGAUAACACUAAUACACUAAUGCAGAGCUUUGGUAUGGAAAUGUAGCUAGGACAUGUAGCUGAAGUUUUCAAAUGCUCAAGACUAGCAGGAAUUGGAUCCUGUAAGUAUACUGCUCGUGGUGAAGCAAAUGGUAGGAUUAAAUGUGUGAGCAAGUCACUAAAUAUUCUGAUUUUAGUGAGGGUUAUCAGUUUAGUUUAAGUGUUUCCAUGGAUUAGGUCAAUCACAUCCUGUGUAUGAUAAAGUGAUGGGAGUAGGUAAUGUCACCUUCUUUUUUAGUUUUUCCUUUUUUUUUUUUUUUCCUUAUCUGCCAUCAAAGAAAACAUUCCAGUAGAGUUUCCAACCAAUCUUAACUGUCUUAAGAGAGAACAACAUUUUUUAAAAAAUAAAAGAAUAAAAUAUUCAGAAGAGAAAAACACGUUAAAUGCUAUAAAGAAAUACUUGGAAUCCUCCAACGAGUGCUGAAGUGCAGUUUCCUAUGAUCUCAUUUUCUGUAUGAGGACACUUUGUGUAGUUUCUCAUGUAGUACCAAAGAAAAUGUUUAAAGGAAAAUAUUUAAAGAAAAGAUGGAAGGGUAGAACUCAGGCAUCAAAAGAAGUGUUUUGCAGCAAUUAGCAUCUCCUUGGUGUUAAUUUAUUAUUAUUAUCGUUUUUUAAUGCAACACUUGCACACUUAGGUGCUCCACUUAUCCAUUACCAUUUAGCUAGGUUUUUGGUCUACUAAAGUCCACUGAGGUUUUCAAGCAUCAAAACUCUUGUGGAGCUGAGAUGUAAUCAUUAAGCAUCCAGUUGAAGAAAUAGAAGAUGUCUUGGAGGAAAAAAGAGAAAGUAGUUUGUUUUUUUUGAUAUGGAGUCAAUAAUAAGUGACAAAUAGUAUUUCAUCUGUCCAGUUCAUGUAGUUUAUAGUGUAAAGCUGUGGAAUUUGCUGGAAUUUGCUGGAAUUUGCAUUUGGAUUAUUUCUGUGGCUUUUUGAUUUUACUUUUUUAGUAAUCUGGGAUUCCUUUAUAAAAAAAAAAAACUUGACCUGCAACUAUGGAGGACGCCAAAAUCUUUAAAUAGGAAGUCAAUUCAGCACAACUCCUAGCAGUGAGCCAGCUUGUCCUCUGAAUUAUUUUGCGCAUAUAGACUAUGAAACAAGGAUUAAUCGUUAGACCACUGAUGAUUAGUAGACUUCACUCUUUCUGAUGCGUCUUUGACAUCAUCACUUUUUUUAAUUGAAACUGUGUUUGAUGGGGGGGAAUGGAAAAACGGCCUUUGAAGUGAUUGUGCAGAUGUCUUGCUUGUUGUAUUGAGAAAAGCAUCCAAAAAACCCUCAAAGCCCUUCAAGCACUAUACUGUUGUGAACUCUGAACUUUGCUUAUAGCAUUUUCCUGGAUACUUACUGUUUGUAUCUUGAGAAAGGUGCAGUGAGCAUUAUGUACAUAAUUCAGUCACAUGCAUGUUUUUAAAGCCAGUUUGUAAUAGGUGUAUAAGAACGUCAGAUGAUGAAUGUGGAGGACAAUAACUUGAUGUGUUAGCCCAGUGAUUAUGUAGUUUAAGACAAUACGUGACUUGGUAUUGCUGUCUCUUUGAGUUUGGUUUUGUCAAAUAUGAAACAUUUGUCACAUGUGAGUAAGCACAAACUGCAUCGUGCGUGUUCCUUAACAUAAUAUGGAUAUAGGAAAAUGAGUUUUCACACUGAGCAGUUACUUCAAUUUGCCUAUCAUGGAGAAAAUAGUAUUAUGUAAUGGCUGGAAGGUAUGCCAGUGAAGUUUGAAGCAAGUACUGUAAAUAAGUAAAUAUUGUUUGAUUAUAAACUCAGAUUGAAUUAAUAUAUUGUUUUAUAUCUUUGUUGUAUUAAAACAUAUUUAAAAGUACUAAAAUAAAAUAUUUGAAAGAUGGCAAA